GAAAGUGAAGAAUUAUAAUGAUGAUUAUCAUGUCUAGUGAAAUAUUCAUUCUGAUCUUUAAAUGAUCUUUUGGUAUGAUCCCUUAGCUUUAGUAAUUACAUAUGUGCAUAUGCAGGAAGAGUCUGUCACACUUGGACAACAACAGAAAACAUUAAGAUGAUCCUGCCUUUAAUGAUCCUUGUAGCACUGUCGUGCAUAUCACAUUGUGAUGCAAAAUGUAGUAAAUAUGUCUGGGCACAUAUAGAAAAUACCUGUAUUAAAAGUGAAAACGUGAAGAUAUUCACAUCCAGCAAUGUAUUUGACUGUAUGCAAGCAUGUGAGGAUGAAACCACAUUUACGUGCAGGUCAAUUGAUUACCAUUCUGGUGCUAAGGAAUGUCAUCUCGCAAUAAGACAUUCUGGAAAUUGGCAACUCAGCAGUCCAUGUUAUCUGGCAGGGUGGCAAUAUGCAGAACGAUGAACUCGAGAACAUUGGAGCUGGUAUGACCUGUCAAACACAUGCAUUAAGGGUCAGAAUAUACAUGCCUUUACAACUACUUCAUUAAGCGCAUGUAAGGAGGCAUGCACGAAUUAUGGAGAUGGUUUUACUUUCGACUACAGAGCAUCAGACAAGACAUGCCACCUUCAAUCAGUGUAUUCUGGCACAUCUGUGUUAAGCAGUCCAUGUUAUUUAAGUGGAUGGUAUUAUGCUGAAAGAUUGUACUUUUAAUCUACAUGCAGAUCUCUACAACAGCAAUUUGAAAUUAUAAUGUAAAAUCUAACAUUGAUUGAAUAAAAUGUUGACUUUCAAAA